AUGUUUACACUCAAACCUAUUGCAAUACCAACAGAUUAUCAGCCGUCCACUACACUGACUUCAGACAAGGAGGACGUAUUCACAGGAGACAGUGUGACACUGAGCUGUACUGUAGAGUCUCCUGGAUGGAAGUUUUAUUGGUACAGACACAGACCAGACUCUACACCAGUAACCACAACCUCUGUAUACUCCUACACACUCAGCUGGGUCAGUGUCUCUGAUGGAGGACAGUACUGGUGCAGAGCUGGGAGAGGAGACCCAGUCUACUACACCCUGUACAGUGACCCAGUCCAGAUAAACAUUACUGAGAAACCUGUCGCUUUUCUGACCCUCCAACCCAACUGGACCCAGAUAUUCAGUGGAGAGACUGUUACUAUGAGAUGUGACAUACAGGGAGGAGGAGACUCUGACUGGAACUACAGAUGGUAUAAGAAUAGUCAGUCAGUGAUCUCCUUUAACACAAAGCCUGAGUACAGAAUCAGUCCUGUCUACAUGUCUAACAGUGGCUCAUAUACCUGUGAGGGUGUUAAGGGAAACAAGAUCUCCAAGACCAGUGAUGCUGUACAACUGACUGUGUCUGAUAAACCCAGGGCUGUCCUGAGUAUCUCUCCUCAGUGGCUGAACCCUGGAGACUCAGUGACUCUGAGCUGUGAAGUUGACAAGACUUCUACAGGCUGGAUGUUCUCCUGGUACAGGACUGUUCUCUACAGAGCUGGGUUACCCUCUCUAUCUGACUCAUCAUACUCUGUAGAGACCCUAUCUGACAGUAGUACUGGAACUACAGAGAGCUUCUACACCCUGAGUCCUGCUGGUCACACAGGAGGAUAUGUGUGUAGAGCUGGGAGAGGAGACCCAGUCUAUGACACACUCUACAGUGAACCUCAGUUUCUCUGGUCAGGAGAUCUGCAGCCUUCAGUGUCUCUCAGAAUAAGUCCCAACACAACUCAACACUUUAGAUCAAAGUCUCUCUCACUGAGCUGUGAGGAGAAGGGGAACUCUACUGGAUGGAGACUGAUGAGAUACACAGAGAGAGGAGUAGAGUCAGGGUGUGUCUCUAACUGGGGAUCAAUAACAGAGUCCACUUGUACCAUCAGGUCCACAUACACAUGGUACAGUGGAGUGUACUGGUGUGAGUCUGGAUCAGGAGAGUACAGUAAUGCUGUCAACAUCACAGUGAAUGCUGGUGAUGUGAUCCUGGAGAGCCCUGUCCAUCCCGUGACUGAAGGAGACUCUGUGACUCUGCGCUGCAAAUACUGGACAANNAGCUCAAACAUCAAGGCUGAUUUCUACAAAGAUGGAGUACUCAUCAAGAAUGAGACCACAGGAGAGAUGACCAUCCUUGCAGUAUCCAAGUCAGAUGAAGGAUUCUACAAAUGCAAAUACCCUAACAAGGGAGAAUCACCAGAGAGCUGGAUGACAGUGAGAGUCGUAUCUCCUGGAUCCUCUACAUCAGUCCUAGUAGGAGUGGUUGUGGGUCUGGUUGUUGCUGGUGUUUUACUGGUCAUUCUCCUGGUCCUGCUGUGUCGAUUUAAAAACAGCAAAGUAACUUAUCAUCUUAGUUCUUCAUGA